GUUAAGUUGAGAGUUGGAAAUACUUAACAAAAUGUCAAGAGCUCAAAAUUACUGAUUAAGACAAAUAUUCAUAAAAUUUAUGUUCUUUCUCUUUUUGUCUACUGAUGUGAAAGAAGGCACGUGAAAUAAGGCUUGAUGCACCAUGGAUAUAUGUAAACUACUGGGGUUUGUAUUAUCAAUUGUGGCAGUUGAAAAUCAAAGUACUACCUCUAAAAGCUCUUUCUCUGUAAGAGGACUGAGUGCAAUGGUUAGAGCCCACAAUACAGAGAUCAAGAUUAUGAAACAACAAAUUCUAGAACAAAAGCGUUUAAUCGAGAGUUUGCAGAAACAAGUGGAAGCAGGGAGUUUAAAACCGAAAAUUCGACUUGUGAAUGGGAAUUCUUCAAGAGAGGGAAGGGUGGAGGUCUACAAGGAUGGAGUCUGGGGUACAGUGUGUGACGAUAUUUGGGGUUUUAACCAUGCUGAUGUGGUCUGUAAACAACUAUUCGGAUUAGUUGGAAUUCCGUACAGUAACGCAUACUUUGGACCUGGAACUGGUUUAAUACUUAUGUCUAAUGUGAGAUGCAGUGGUACAGAGAAUUCCCUACUGGAUUGUGGACAUACAGAUGAAUUAAAUCUUGGCUGCAGUCAUAGUGAAGAUGCAGGUGUUAUGUGCAUGAAAGCACCCCGUGUUCGACUUUCGAAACAAAAAGACUUUCAAGGAAGAGUGGAAGUUUACAAGAACAAUAGAUGGGGGACAAUUUGUGGCAGGAACUGGGAUUAUAGAGACGCUAGCGUCAUUUGUAGAUCUCUAGGGUAUAGCGAACGCGGACUAGUUGUUUUAAAUUCAGUAUUUGGAGGAGGUACAGGCACAAUCCAUUUAAAUGACGUUCAGUGUAGUGGAAAGGAAACUGGACUUUUUAACUGUACAUACUCAGAAACAAGUAGUUGCAGUCACUCCGAAGUUGCUGGAGCUAUAUGUAUUCUACCAAGUCAUAAAACUAGAAUUGUAAAUGGUAGCUCUCCAGAUGAGGGGCGAGUUGAUGUUUUGGUGAAUAAUCGAUGGCGACGUGUUUGCAACAAUGGAUGGGGCAGUAGUGAUGCUACUGUUGCAUGUAGAAGUCUAGGGUUUAUGGGAGGUUUUUCGGUUUCAUUACCGACAAUCGGAGAUAAGAAGACAGAAAAUUGGUUCUUGAAUCAAAUGUAUUGUAACGGAAAUGAAGAUUCCUUGUUAAAGUGUGCAAGAUCUAUAACCGCCAGCUGUAGCUAUGAGGCUGGAGUUCUGUGUUACCAAACCUUGAAUAGUACAGUUAGACUUGUCAAUGGAAGCUCUCCAGAUGAGGGGCGAGUGGAGGUUUUGGUGAAUAGCCGAUGGAGACCGGUGUGUUCUUCUUCCUGGGACAAAAAUGACGCUCGCGUAGCAUGUAGGAGUCUAGGAUAUUUGGGAGGUUUUUCGGUUUCAUUACCGACAAUUGGAGAUCAGAAGACAGAAAAUUGGUUCUUGAAUCAAAUGUAUUGUAACGGAAAUGAAGAUUCCUUGUUAAAGUGUGCAAGAUCUAUAACCACCAGUUGUAGCUCUGAGGCUGGAGUUCUGUGUUACAAAACCUUGAAUAGUACAGUUAGGCUUGUCAAUGGAAGCUCACCAGAUGAGGGGCGAGUGGAGGUUUUGGUAAAUAGCCGAUGGAGACCGGUGUGUUCUUCUUCCUGGGACAAUAAUGACGCUCGUGUAGCAUGUAGGAGUCUAGGAUACUUGAGAGGUUUUUCAUUUUCACUGCCGACAACUGUAUCACGGAGAAAAGACAAAUGGUUCUUAUAUAUCAUGGAAUGUAGCGGAAAUGAAGAUUCCUUGCUAAGGUGUGCGAAUUCCGUGUCCACCAGCUGUAGCUAUGAGUCUAGAGUUAUGUGUUACCAACCAUUAAAUAGUAAGUGUUGAUAUUGAUUCACUCUU